AUGACCGGAGUCAAGGUGGUCAAUGUAAACAUGGUUGAUUUUGCCAUUCCCAAUGAUAUGACAUUAAUAGAUCAUUUGGGGAGUAGUAACUAUGGUAAUGUAAUGUAAGUCUAGGGAGAUUAUGGUAAUGUACUGUAGGUGUUGGGAGAGUAUUGACGGUUUAAGCUUGGACAGGGUGAAGGAGGACAGGUUUUUUCAUUUUAGGUAACAAAUUUAUUUAAAAUGUUACAGUAAGACAAAAAAGAACGAUGGUAGAAAAUACGCAAUCAAGAAGAUGUACGAACCGUUUCGGAACGCUAUAGAAGCGCGACGAGUAUACCGUGAGCUACGAUUGUUACGGCUCCUGAACCACGAAAAUGUCAUACGAUUUGUCACCGCCUACACAGUGGAUCCUGACAUUGAGCACUUUAAAAAUGUGUAAGGGCUAGAAAUUUAUAUAUACCCGGUCAAAAAGUUUAUGGUAUUUUUGUUUUUUGGUCGGAAAGUUUGUAGAAUUUCAUUUUUUAGACCAAAAGUUAUUAGAAUUUUUAAAAAAUUUUAAAUUUUGAAGCUUUUUCAUGAUAAUAUUAUAUUAUAAUAGAUAGAUAAUGGAUAUAAUAGUAAAUCAACAACACUCUGCCAUUUUAAGCUUCGUUGUCACGGAAUACGCGGGUGUCAGUUUGAAAUACGUGCUGGACAAGAGGAAAUACAAUUCCGUGCAGUUAAUUAACGAUGAUCAUAUCAAAUACAUCAUUUAUCAGCUGUUAAGAGCUUUGAAGUAUCUACAUUCCGCGAAUGUGAUUCACCGUGACCUAAAACCGUCAAAUUUGGCUAUUACUGAGGAGUGCGAUCUUACCGUAGUCGAUUUUUGUGUCGCUAGGACAUUGACUAACAAUGAUGCUGGGGUGGGUUAACUUGUUGUCAGUCCUACCUUUGUCUUUACUUGUACCCCUAUCCUACCCUAUUCUAUUUUACCCUACCAUACCCUACCGUAUCCUACCCUAACCUAUCCUACCGUAUCCUACCCUAUCCUACCCUAACCUAUCCUACCCUACCCUACUCUACUCUACCCUACAUUACCCUGCUCUACCACUACUCUUACACCUACCUCUACCUCUGUUUCAUCCUACUGUAUCCCUACACCCAGCCUAGCCGCAAAUCUUUCUUAACUAGUCUCUUUACUACAUCCUUGACCUAAUUGUCAAUACAUUUUGCAGCUAACAGCCUACGUAAUAUCAAGGUGGUACCGUAGUCCAGAAGUCAUCUACUGGAAUCAUGUCAACUACAAUUUCAAGGCCGAUGUUUGGUCAGUCGGCUGUAUUAUGGCCGAGCUUUUUACUGGUAAUGUGGUUUUUGAGGGGUCGGAAGGUAAGUUACAGUACGAAAAAUUUGCAUGUCUUAUCAAUAUUUUAAAAUUAAAAAAAAAUUUUUAUCAAAAAUACGACGCUAUGUCAUUUUAAAACCUACUACAAUAUCCAUAUUCAUGCCACUUCAGCUAUUGAACAAUACCGCCUCAUAGUCAACCUAUGUGGCAGUCCCAAUUCUCAGCUAAUGGAGAAGAUCGAAGCCGAAAACAACUCAUCGAUGCGAAUGGUCGUCGAAUCCCUCGGCGGAGGCUGUGUCCGCCAGGACUUUCGCCAGUACUUUGCCGGAAUGCCUUCAGAUGCUAUCGACUUGUUGGACAAGAUACUCGUACUAGACCCAGAUAGUCGCAUCUCGGUCGAAGAGGCCCUACAACAUCCGUACAUGAAGGAAUACCACAUGCCAUCGGAUGAACCGGUAGCACCGGAACCAUUCGUACUGGAUGAUAAGGCGGAUCAGGACGUGGAGUUUUGGAAAGGUAAAGAAAUUCACUUUAAGAGAGGUUUAAGUAAGGCUACGGCAAUGUAGGAAAAGGUAGAAUCUAAUUGGGACAAGGGGGAUUAACUAUAGGCUUAGCAGCAGGUAAUUUCAGGCUUAUUGCGCAAAGCUUAGGCUUAUCAGCACACAAUUUUAGGCUUAUUACGCAAAGUUUAGGCAUAGCAGCACACAAUUUUAGGCUUAUGAUGCAAAGUUUAGGCAUAGCAGCACAUAUUUUUGGACUUACCGGACAAGUUUAGGCUUAUUACCCAGAGUUAAGACUUAGCAGCACACAAUUUUAGGCUUAGCAGCACACAAAUUUAGGUUUAGCAGCAGGUAAUUUUAGGUUUAUUACGCAAACUUUAGGCUUAGCAGCACACAAUUUUAGGCUUAUGAUGCAAAGUUUAGGCUUAGCAGCACAUAAUUUAGGCUUAGCAUCAUUUAAUUGUAGGCUUAUUACGCAAACUUUAGGCUUAGCAGCACACAAUUUUAGGCUUAUGAUGCAAAGUUUAGGCUUAGCAGCACAUAAUUUAGGCUUAGCAUCAUUUAAUUGUAGGCUUAUUACGCAAACUUUAGGCUUAGCAGCACACAAUUUUAGGCUUAUUACGCAAACUUUAAUCUUAACAGCACAAAAAGGGGGAGGGAAUAGUAGUCUAAAAUUUUCUAGGACUUUGUUUUCUUUUGAGACUUAAUUCGAACUCAUUAAAAGCCUAUAAAAAGUGCAUUUUAGUGUUUUUAUUUGUGCCAAUUUCCCGCACAAAUACCCUCCCCCCCCUCUUCCUCUAAUUACACGGUUAUAAUAGUAUUAGGUCGUCCUAUUGUCACGAUGUAUGUGCUAAACAUGCGAUAUGCCGAUAAUCUACGAUUCUCGUUUUAGGCUGCGUCUGGAGCGAGCUGGUCGGGCUGGCGGGCCAGGCCAAGGAGCGCGAUGAGGCGCGGGCCGAGUGA